UUUUUCCCACCGACGGGUAAGAAGCUUGGCAGAAAGACGACAACUUUUUAUGAUGCAACGCGGAAGUUGCCAGGAAGUUCUUCCUCAUGCAACGAGACUUAUAUAAGGAGCUCCAUCAUCUUCCCUGAUCCAUCUCCAACUAAUUUUACUUUACAUUCAUAAUGACUUCUUCCAUCGCAUUCCCGGAAGUCUUUUCCUCUCCUUCCUCCUCCAAUUCUCCUUUUUUAACCUCGCAAUCAAAUCACGAUGUAUUCUUGAGCUUUCGCGGAGAGCAUACCCGUUAUGGUUUUAUUGGUCAUCUUUAUCAUGCUUUGACUCAAAAGGGAAUCAACACUUACAAAGAUGACAAGGAGCUGAGAAAAGGUGAAAAAAUCUCACCGGCACUUUCAAAGGCCAUUGAAGAGUCAGAGAUUUCGAUCGUAAUAUUUUCUAAAGAUUAUGCGUCAUCUACGUGGUGUUUGGAUGAGCUGUUGAAGAUCCUAGAGUGUAAAGAAUCAAAGCAACAGAAGGUUCUAGCAGUGUAUUACAAAGUCGAGCCAUCGACAGUACGACACCAAAAAGAAAGUUUUGAAGCAGCGUUCGCUGAACAUGAAAAAAAGUUCGAUGAUGCUAAAGUUCAGAGGUGGAAGUCUGCCUUAAAUCAAACUGCCGGGCUAUGCGGUUUUCAUUUGAAGAUCAACGAGGACGAAUAUGAGUUUAUCCAGAAGAUUGUUCAAAAGGUCUCAACAACCUUACCAAAUCUUUUUGACUUGCAUGUUGCCGAGUUUCCGGUGGGAAUACAGUCUCAAGUAGAAGUUAUUAAUGAGCUAUUAUGUAUUGAGGAGAAUGACAUACGCAUGAUAGGGAUUUUCGGUAGUGGUGGAAUUGGAAAAACAACGAUUGCAAAAGCGAUGUAUAACCUUAUUGCUAAGAGGUUUGAAGGCCGUUGUUUUCUUGCUAAUGUUAGAGAAUCUUCAAAACAAGAUCAAGGUGGUCUCGUAAAGUUGCAACAAACAAUUCUUUCUGACAUUCUUAAAGAUUCAAGUUUGAAAGUUAGUAAUGUCGAUCAAGGAAUCAAUUUGAUAAUGAAGAGACUUUGCCAUAAAAGAGUUCUUUUGGUUCUUGAUGAUGUUGAUUGUUUGGACCAAUUAAAAAAAUUAUGUGGAAGAUGCGAUUGGUUUGGUUCUGGUAGUCGAAUCAUCAUAACAACAAGGGAUGGGGGUUUACUAACUAAGCAUCAUGUUCAUUUCAAAUAUCGGAUGAAGGAAAUGGAUCACCAUGAAGCUCUUCAGCUCUUUAGCCACCAUGCUUUCAAAAGUGACAAACCUAAUGAUGCUUUUGAGGAUGUCAUAAAACUUGCACUAAAGUGUGCUGCCGGCCUUCCACUUGCUUUACAAGUGAUAGGCUCAAAUCUAUGUGGAGAAGAUAUACAAUUUUGGAAAAGUGAAUUGAAAGAGUACAAAAGAAUUCCUGAACAAAAUAUCUAUGAAAAACUCAAAAUAAGUUACGAUGGAUUAGAUCAUCAUACAAAAGAGAUUUUUCUUGACAUUGCAUGUUUCUUCAAAGGAGGCAACAGGAAAUAUGUCACUAAAAUAUUGGACGGUUGUGGUUUCAAUGCCUAUGCCGGUGUCAAAAAGCUCAAUGAUAAAUGUCUCAUAACUAUUGAUGAAUAUGACCGACUGAUGAUGAAUGACUUACUAGAAGAUAUGGGUAAAGAAAUUGUCCGACAAGAAUCACCCGCAGAACCUGGCAAGCGGAGUAGAUUAUGGUUUCAUGAAGAUGUUCUUGAAGUACUUGAAAAAAAUAAGGGAACAGAGCAAAUUGAAGGCAUAUUGAUAGAAAUGCCUCGGAAGGACAGCAUGAUACAUUUGGAUUCUGAUGUGUUUGCAAAAAUGGAAAAACUCAGAAUAUUAAAAGUUAGUUACUUCAAUGGCGGUAUUUUUUGUGAUGGAUUGAAUUAUCUCUCUAAUGAGUUAAGAGUUCUUGAUUGGUUCAAUUUCCCUUCGGAGUUUUUGCCAUUUUCUUUUCAUGGAGAGAAACUCAUUGUUUUGAAUAUCGGAGGAAGCAAAAUUAGAGAUUUAUGGAGAGGAUUGCAAUCUAAGAACUUAACAAGUAUAGAUCUCAGUCACUGUGAAUACUUGACAAAUAUAUCGGAUCUUUCAAGUUGCUCAAAUCUAGAGAAGUUGUCUUUUCAUCGAUGUACAAGUUUAGUUGAGGUUCAUGAUUCUGUUGGAUUUUUGGAUAAGCUUGUUGAAUUGGAUUUUAGCGAUUGUUUCAGCCUAAAGAAUUUGCCAAGAAGCUUUAAGUUGAGAUUUCUAAAACUCCUUAAACUUGACGGUUGUAAUAGUCUUGAAAACUUUCCAGAAAUUGAGUGUGAAAUGAAAUAUUUGGAAAGGGUCGAGUUACAUUACACCAAAAUACAGGAGCUACCUUCAUCCAUUACAUACCUCACUGGGCUCAAUACGUUAUAUAUAUAUAAUUGCGACAACCUUGUGCAUUGUCCAGUAAACAUUUUUCAGUUGGAACAUCUACAGAAUGUUUCCAUCACUUGUUGUCCAAACUUUGUAAAUUUUGGAAAGGAGGUGGGGCAUAAUGGACAAUUCGUGCCAUGCACACAGGAAAAUAAAAUUUCAUCAAGUAUGGAAUUGUUGCCUCCAUUAUCAAAUAAUUUAUCUCGGACAUAUAAUUUCUCAUCCAGUUUGAGGACUUUAAAUCUAUCUGGUAGUGGUAUUGUUAGCCUUCCUCCAUGCAUCGAAGGAUUUGUUGGAUUAUCUAAACUUGAUUUGACAUACUGCACGCAACUUGAAGAAAUUCUACACCUUCCACCAAAUGUAGAAGAGGUAUGUGCAGAAGGAUGUUCCGGUCUAAAGAAUUUCUUACCAGAAUCAAAUAAUUUAUCUCGGACAUAUAAUUUCUCAUCCAGUUUGAGGACUUUAAAUCUAUCUGGUAGUGGUAUUGUUACCCUUCCUCCAUGCAUCGAAGGAUUUGUUGGAUUAUCUAAAUUUGAUUUGACAUACUGCACGCAACUUGAAGAAAUUCUACACCUUCCACCAAAUGUAGAAGAGGUAUAUGCAGAAGGAUGUUUCGGUCUAAAGAAUUUCUUACCAGAAUCAAAUAAUUUAUCUCGGACAUAUAAUUUCUCAUCCAGUUUGAGGACUUUAAAUCUAUCUGGUAGUGAUAUUGUUACCCUUCCUCCAUGCAUCGAAAGAUUUGUUGGUUUGUCUGAACUUAAAUUGAAAGGCUGCAAUGAACUUGAAGAAAUUCUACACCUUCCACCAAAUAUAAAAGAGAUACAUGCUACAGGAUGCGAGUCAUUGAAACGCUUUCCUCAUUUAUCGACAGAAUCUUCAUUUGGUACACCCGACUUAAAACGGCUAACAUGGAUUAACUUAUCGGAGUGUAAUAAAAUGCACGUGAAUGUAGGGAAUCAUGCGCCAGAUCCAUUAAUGGUACAGGAACGCUUUCGGGAGAAAGAAUCAAGUACGAUUAUAUAUCCAGGAAGUAGGAUUCCAGAGUGGUUCAAGUAUUGCAAGGAGACUACUUCAUAUACUAAUUCUAUUGAAAUAGAAAUUGAUCAUAACGCGUCCAUGUGUGGGCAUCCAAUCGUGGCAUUAGUUUUGUGUUCUGUUGUGGGACCUCUUACGAAAAGUGAACCUAUUCUUAUCAAAAUAAACGGCCAGUUGAUUAAAGAUUUAGAUAAUGAUGUUUAUCUGCCGAGUUCAACGGACCCACAUCGUGUAUGGCUACGAUACAUAGCUGGAAAUUCUAUUGAUGAGAUGCUGCCAAGAAGUUACAGGGAGGGGAACAAUAAUAUGAGGUUUACAUUUGAAAUUGAUUCAGAGAAAGCAUUCUUCAAAAGUGCUGGAGUCCAUCUAAUAUACGGGAAUGACAAUUUGAUUGAUCUUAAUAAUCAAUGUUCAAAGAGAUACCGAGAUGAUGGUGAGAAUGACUUGGAACCCGAUUGGAACCCACAAAAGAAGAGGCGGGGAUCUUCAACGGCCAGCUCUAGCCUACUUGGGAAUGAAUCUAAAUUUAUGGAACAAAUUGUUCAAGAGGUCUCAAAAAUAGUAUUAGAUUGUACAUAUUUGCAUAUUGUUGAGUAUCCAGUGGGAAUAAAGUCUCGUGUAGAAGAUAUUAAUAUGCUAUUAUGUAUUGAGGAGAAUGACGUACGCAUGAUAGGGAUUUUCGGUAUUGGUGGAAUUGGUAAAACAACCAUUGCAAAAGAGAUGUAUAACCGCAUUACUAAUCAAUUUGAAGGCAGCUGUUUUCUUGCAAAUGUUAGAGAAUCUUCAAAACAAGAUAAAGGUGGUCUCGUAAAGUUGCAAAAGACAAUUCUUUCUGACAUUCUUAAAGAUUCAAGUUUGAAAGUUAGUAACGUUGAUCGAGGAAUCAAUUUGAUAACGGAGAGACUUUGUCAUAAAAAAAUUCUUUUGGUUCUUGAUGAUGUUGAUCAUUUGGACCAAUUAAAAAAAUUAUGUGGAAGAUGCGAUUGGUUUGGUUCUGGGAGUCGAAUCAUCAUAACAACAAGGGAUGAGGGUUUACUAACUAAGUAUGGUGUUAGUUUGAAAUAUCCUAUGAAGGAAAUGGAUCACAAUGAAGCCCUUCAACUCUUUACCCAGCAUGCCUUCAAAAGUGACAAACAUAUUGAUGGUUUUGCGGAUCUCUUAGAGGAUGCACUACAUUAUGCUGGCGGCCUUCCACUCGCUUUAAAAGUGAUAGGCUCAAAUCUAUAUGGAGAAGAUGUAUGUUAUUGGAAAAGUGAAUUGGAAAAGUACAAAAGAAUUCCAGAAAAAGAAAUCCAGGAAAAACUCAAAAUAAGUUACGAUGGAUUAGAUGAUUCUACAAAAAAGGUUUUCCUUGACAUUGCAUGUUUCUUUAAAGGAGACAAGAGAGAAUAUGUCACUAAAAUACUGGACAGUUGUGGUUUCAGUGCCUAUGCCGGUAUCAAAAAGCUCAAUGAUAAAUGUCUCAUAACAAUUGAUCAAUAUGAUGGUAACCAAUAUUUGUGGAUGCAUGACUUACUACAAGAUAUGGGAAGAGAAAUUGUUCGACAAGAAUCACCCGAAGAACCUGGCAAGCGCAGUAGAUUAUGGUUUGACAAAGAUGUCCGUGAAGUACUUGAGAAAAAUAAGGGAACAGAGCAAAUUGAAGGCAUAUUGAUAGAUUUGCCUUCGGAGGAUUGCAUGAUACGUUUGGGUUCUGAGGUGUUUGCAAAAAUGGAAAGCCUCAGAAUAUUAAAAAUUAUAUGCUGCAGUGAAAUUUUUUGUGGCGGAUUGAAGUAUCUCUCUAAUGAGUUAAGAGUUCUUGAUUGGCUCGGUUGCUCUUUGGAGUUUUUGCCAUCUUCUUUUCAUGGAAAGAAACUCAUUGUUUUAAACAUAAGAGGAAGCAAUAUUACUGAUUUCGGCACGGGAUUGCAAUCUAAGAACUUGACACGUAUAGAUCUCAGUUAUUGUCGAUACUUGACAAAUAUAUCGGAUCUUUCAAGUUGCCCAAAUCUAGAGGAGUUGGUUCUUGAUGGAUGUACAAGAUUAGUUGAGGUUCAUGAUUCUGUUGGAUUUUUGGAUAAGCUUGUUGAAUUGAGAUUGGAAGGAUGUUCCAAUUUCAAGAAGUUGCCAAGUAGCUUCAAGUUGAGAUCUCUAGAAUUACUUGAGCUUGAAGGUUGUACAAGCCUUGAAAACUUUCCUGAAAUUGAGUGUGAAAUGGAACAUUUGAAGCGGGUCGUGAUAGAAAGCACUGUAAUACAAGGGCUACCUUCAUCCAUUACAUACCUCACUGGACUCGAGGAGUUAUUUAUCAAUGGGUGCAAAAGCCUUGUGCUUUUUCCAAUAAACAUUUUUCAGUUGGAACAUCUAAAGGAUGUUACAGUCAUUAAAUGUCCAAAUUUUGAAAAUUUUGGACAGGAGGUGGGGCAUAAUGGACAAUCCAUGCCAUGUACACAAGAAAAUAAAAUUUCAUCCAAUUUGGCUUAUUUAAAUCUAUCUGAUUGUGGUUUUGUUGGCCUUCCUCCAUGCAUCGAAGGAUUCGUUGGAUUGUCUUACCUUCAUUUGAGAGAUUGCAAGCAACUUGAGGAAAUUGUACACCUUCCACCAAAUUUAGAACAGAUAGAUGCUACAGGAUGCGUGUUAUUGCAAUGCUUUCCUCAUGUAUCGAUAGAAUCCUCAUUUGGUAUAACCGAGUUAAAACGGCUAAAAUUGAUUCACCUAUCAGAGUGCAAUAAAGUGGAUGUGAAUGUCGGGAAUCAAGCACCAGAUCCAUUAUUGGUUCGGGAACGCUUUCGGGAGAAAGAUUCAAGUAGGAUUAUUUAUCCAGGAAGUAGGAUUCCAGAGUGGUUCAAGUAUUGCAAGGAGAGUACUUCAUAUACUAAUUCUAUUGAAAUAGAAAUUGAUACUAAUGAGUCCAUAUGUUUUGGUUAUCAGAUCAUGGCAUUAGUUUUGUGUUUUGUUUUGGGACCUCUUCCGGUGGGAUGUGGAAUAGAAACUAUUACUAUCUCAAUAAAUGGCCAAUCGAUUACACAUGCUAACAUAUGGCCUUCAAAAGACCAACAUCGUGUAUUGCUACAGUACAUAGCUGGAAAUUCUAUAGAUCAGAUGGUGUCAAGAAGUUACAGGGAGGGGAACAAUAUGAGGUUUACAUUUGGAAGUGAUCGAAAGAAAGCAAUCUUCAAAAGUGCGGGAGUCCAUCUAAUAUACAGGAAUGACAAUUUGAGUGAUUGUAUUCUACCUUCAAGUAUCAUGCUGAUAUGAUGGUGAGCAUGACAAUGGAUCCCGAUUGGAACCCCGAGCAGAAGAGGCGGGGAUCUUCAACCAACUCUAGCAUUAUGGAAAUUCAAGUAGGCUAUUAAUGAAGAACUUUCGACUUGGAUUCAAGUAGGAUUAUAUAUCCAGGAAGUAGGAUUCCAGAGUGGUUCAAGUAUUGCAAGGAGACAAGUUCAUAUAGUAAUUCUAUUGAAGUAGAAAUUGAUCAUAAUGCGUCCAUGUGUUUUGGCAUCAGAUUGUGGCAUUAGUUUUCUGUUUUGUCGUGGGACCUACGGGGGGUACUUUAAUCACCACAAUAAACGGCCAGCUGAUUAAUAGAGAUAUUUUGAUUGUGAUAUACGGCCUUCAAUGGACCCACAUGAUCGUGUGUGGCUACAAUACAUAGCUGGAAAUUCUAUUGAUCAGAUGCUGUCAAGAAGUUACAGGGAGGGGAACAAUAUGAGGUUUACAUUUGAAAGUUGGCUUUGAGAAAGCAAUCUUCAAAAGUGUUGGAGUCCAUCUAAUAUAUAGAAAUGACAAUUUUAUUGAUCUUAAUAUUCAACUUUCAAAGAGAUACCGAGAUGAUGGUGAGUAUGACAUGACUUGGAACCUGAUUGGAACCCACAACAGAAGAGGCGGGGAUCUUCAACGGCCAGCUCUAGGUUUAAUGGAGUUCAUGGAUGCUAAUGAAGAUUUGGAUUUAAAACUUCAACUUGGGAAUUGAAGUUCGAAAAGGAAUCAAAGUUGCAGAAGGAAUCAAAGUUGGGAAAGAACUAUAACCAUAACAGACUUUAACGGCUGUCUUAGUGCUUGAUUUGGGCAAAUUUGACCUUCCCUUUUUAGCCCCCCAAAGCUCAAAUAUUUCAAGAAAUCACUGUUGUUCUCCCUCCUAUGCAUAAACCCUAGCUGCAAGCCUCUCUUCAAUGAUCUUGAACGGUUUAAUCAUCAACUUCAGUGGAAGAUCGAUGCUGUCCUGCUAAACUUAUCAAGACUUCAAUGGCCACUCUUGGUUUUCUCCUCGGGGUUUGAUAAAAGUCCUCUUAGUGGCUCAAACCUUUCAAUCACAGGAUGCUUUUGGAAUUUGCAGCAAACUUUCUAUGAGACUAUGAUCACCUCUUCCCAUAUUGGAAAGGAUGCUGGAUGAAUUGUUAUACUAGACAUUAGAAGGUCACCAUUAAAAGGCUGAAACUAAUGACCAAAUUUGUGUGUGAAGGGAAGAAAGGGUAAUUGCUGAGAGUUUCUGGUUUGGGAAAUGACACAAAUCAUUGGUCCUAAAGCUCUAGAUGGGAUUAUUAUCAUACUUUUGAACCCAUCUCAACAUUAGAAAGAACGAGGAAAUAAUAAGGUCAUGUACUAAUGCAUACUGAAAGACUUCUAUAUUGGCCUGCCAUUUUGUGGUUAUCUUGCUGGAGCUCGUGUAUCUAAUCGUGCCUUAUUUGAUGGCUAACCGUACGUGGCAGAGUCAGUACCAUAAACACAUAUUGUUAAAUGGGUGCCUUAAUUGCUACAUGUAUUGGAUGCCAACUGCAGACAUGCCGCUGCUCCUGCAGCACCCUCUCCCUGUCUUGUGAUGUAGGAUAUGCAAAGUAUGUGACACAAUACCGUUUUAUUCCAAAAGAUUGAAUUUCUUGUCAAUACCAUAAACACAUAUUGUUAAAUGGGUUCUGCCCUUGAAGAUCCGUCCGGUAGGAAAUGUAGCUGGUAGAGUUUUAUUAAUCACUUUUCCUCUAGAAAAUCCUACAUAUUUAUUAUUUUUUUAUAAAAUUAAUUUUCUUGUUCUUGUUC